AUGUUACCAGCAGAUCAUGGGUUUGCUUUAGUAACCCCUGCCUCGCGAGGACUGGGGUUCGCCUUCGCACAGCAGCUUCUAUCCCGGACCGAGCUCCCUGUGAUUGCAACAGCCCGCAAGAACUGCGAUGAACUCCAACAACGAUUACUGUCAAGCAAGGGUAUGCCCAAAGACGCAAAGCAGAGACUCCGCAUUCUCCAAGUUGAUGUAACAGAUGAGCCUACAAUAUCAGCAAUGGCAGACACAAUCCGCCAGGAUUAUCCGAACACACCGCUCAGGUUAGGAUUAACAAUCCCCGGCGUUUUGCAUGCAGAAAAAUCACCUAGUAAAAUCGACGCUGCCAAUGCGCUGGACAACUUCAAAGUCAACUCCCUCGGCCCUUUGCUACUCAUGAAGUAUCUCUCCCCAUUCGUCCCAUUGAAAUCCGCUCCGGAAUUUCCAACAAUAGAAGCUAGCUCUGCAAUCGACUCUCCAGGACCGCUGUGGCUGCCCUCGCAUGCCAUCUAUGCGAUGAUGGCCGCUCGAGUCGGCUCAAUAUCGGACAAUGCCUCUGGCGGAUGGUAUUCCUACCGUGCAAGUAAGGCAGCUGUAUUCCAAUUGGCCAAGACUUUUGAUUUGCAUUUGCGCUCGAAGAGUGCGCAGAGGGCAAUUGCUGUGGCGCUGCACCCUGGGACUGUGCACACGAAUUUCACCAAGGAGUAUUGGGGAACAAGAGAAAUGCUGGAGCCGGCCGACGCGGCCGAAAAGCUGUUGGAGGUGCUUGUGGGGUUGUCAUCGGAUGAUAAAGGAGGGAGAGGGAGGUGUUGGGAUUGGAUGGGGAAGGAGAUUUUGCCGUGA